UCUAACCCCAUUCAAGACUUGCAAACAGGUCCCGGUCAUCCAGAAAAUUCUUAAUAGAAUUAUAAGCUAGAAAAUCUUGUUUGAUAGUUAAAGUCACUUUCUUGAUGAUUAAAAAAAGAAAGGGGAACAAUUAAGGUUCAUAGCAAUCAUUUAGCAAACAAAGAUGAAGUAUAAGCGAGAUGAAUUGAGUGAAGAACAGAUUGCUGAGUUUCAGGAAGCUUUUUGCUUGCUUGACAAAGAUGGAGAUGGUUGCAUCACCAUUGAAGAAUUGGCCACAGCAAUCAAAUCAAUCGAUCAAAUUCCCACAGAAGAAGAAUUGCAGAGCAUGAUCAGUGAAGUUGAUGUCAAUGGUAAUGGAACUAUUGAAUUUGGGGAGUUUUUGCAUCUCAUGGCCACAAAGAUGAAGGAAAGUGAAGCAGAAGAGGAACUAAAAGAGGCCUUUAAAGUAUUUGACAAGGAUCAAGAUGGCUACAUAUCACCUAAUGAGUUGAGAAAUGUAAUGCUUAACUUAGGAGAGAGGCUGACUGAUGAAGAGGUGGAGCAGAUGGUUAGAGAUGCUGAUUUGGAUGGUGAUGGUCUAAUUGAUUACAAGGAAUUUGUUAGAAUGAUGUUGGCUGCAUGACAAAUUCGCCUUUUAAAGAUGUGUAAAAAAAAAAAAGUAAAGCACAAAAAAAAUAAAAAAAU